UUAAGGACUGAGCAGGGAGAAAAGGCUUUGCUGAUGAUCACAAGAAUUCUAGAAACUUUGUAUUUUGGGAUUUUCAGGCCUAGUGACUGCCCUUUAAGCCUGCUUUUGUUGGCCUGCUACAUCAACAUAAAAGCUACUUCUGCUAUCAGAAACAAGGACUUUUUCCAUCUGUUUUUGGUGACUUCAACCAGUUUAACCUGACAGACAAUGGCUUAUUUACUGGUUUUACUGGUGCUGAUCCUAGUUUCAGUAUCUGAGUCCUUCCAUCCGGAGCACCUCGGUCACUUUGACUGGCAGAAGAGCAUUCGACCAGGCGAGGGAUGCCCUAAAAAAUGUCACCCUGAGCACUGUCCAGAUGUUAGGCAGCUGCAGGGUUGUCCAGCCGGGCUAGUUCGUGACCAGUGCGGGUGUUGCUGGGAAUGUGGAAACGAUGAGGGGCAACUGUGUGACCCAGAGCCCCGAUCUGGGUCUACUUUUUACGGGCGCUGUGCUGAAGGUCUGCGCUGCAGAGCCCCACGCAGAAACCCCACAGGUGAACCCAGAGCCAUCUGUGUGUGCAGUAAACAGGAAACACUCUGCGCUUCUGAUGGAAAGACAUAUAAAAAUAUAUGCCAGUUUCGGGCGGCCCAACACAAGCAAGGCAAAGGUCAGAUGCUGACAAUGGUGCACCAUGGACCCUGCAAGUCAAAACCAGUUAUCACUUAUGCUCCCCGUGACAUCGUCACAACCAAAGGAAGUGAUGUCAUCUUUUCCUGUGAGGUGUCAUCGUAUCCAUUGGCCUCCAUCCAGUGGAGUAAAGGAGGAGACGUUAUUUCUUUCCCUGCUGAUGAUUCAAGCACAGCUGUACAGGCCCGUGGGGGUCCGCGGCGGUUUGAAUUGACCGGCUGGCUCCAGAUUCAAGGAGUUGGGCCGAACGAUGCAGGUGUGUACACAUGCACCGCCAGGAACGCCUUCGGAGAGGUGUCUGCCUCCGCCAGAUUACAGGUUACACGUGGAGGUUCUCAGCUCACCAAAGAGUUCUGGCAAAAAGAAAACGAGGCUUAUAGAAUAUCAGGCGAAGAGGAGAAUGUCGAUGAUGAAGAUUACGAAGGCCAGCCAAGUGGAUACAUGUAUUUGUAACAUACAGAGAUUAUAAAAUCAUAGCAUUUAAACACAGAUGUUUUUUUCAGCAUAAAAUGUGUACUCUUCAAAUUUUUUAUUGCCCUUUUAAGGGUUUAUGUUUAAGUGUGAGCAUUGUACAUAAAUCCAAAUAAUUUCUAUUCACUCUUGAGAAUUGUACUUAAAAAUAGAACUUAAUUAAAUCAUUGAUUUACAAAUUGAGUCCUUUGUUGUUUGUGAUCUAAAAUCUAAAAUAUUUGCUAAGAGUCCGUUUAGGGUAAAUCGUUAUUGCCCAACGUUAUUAUGCAAAAGUGCACAUGCCAGACUUUUCUAAAAGCCAAAAAAAGGCCAUUGAUGCUGCUGUGGCACGCAUUUCCCCUGAACCCAUUCCCUGCCGUUGAAUAAAACAUCAGCAGUGUCUCUCCUCACUUCUGUCUUCUCAAAGACGCUGAGCAGAAAAAAAAAGCACCCAGGUUAAGUUGUUUGAAAGCUCUGGUAUUAAGAGGCGUUUUACACUUAAGAAGUUGGUUUCGCAGGGUUUUCUCUUCCCUCCCCUAUUGAUUGAUGCUUAGCUAUCAAUGCAUAAUAGAAAAGCACUCAGGACAAAUGUGGGGUUAUGGCCUUCCAGGGAGAGAGCAGACCA